GAUUAAAAACUAAUAAAAAAAUAAAAAAUGAUGACUGCUUCAAUUCCCCCAUGGAUAAAUGAAAAUCACAUUAUUGAUGUUUUGGAGGAAAAUCUUCAAGGAUUCAAAAGUAUAAAUAAAUUCAAAUCAUGCAUUGCGGGUGGUGCUGGCGAAAACUAUCAAUCUGUUAUUGUAAGAGUUCAAAUUAAUGCAGAACUAAAAGAUGGCUCAACCAAAGAUGUCAGCUUUAUAAUCAAAACUGUCCCCCAAAUUGAACAAGCUGCAAUGAUGUUAGCCAUGAUGGGACAUUUUCCAAAAGAAAAUCUAAUGUACUCUAAAUAUUUACCAACAUUCGAAAAAAUGUACACCGAAAUUGGUCAAGAAAUCACUUUCGGUCCGAAACACUACACUCUCAAGAAGAAUCCUGAGUCAGAUUAUGUCCUUUUAGAUGAUCUUUGUCUUGAAGGUUACAAAAAUCAAAAUCGUAUCGAAGGACUUGACAAAGAACACACUGAAGCAGCAUUGAAGAAAUUAGCUGAAUUUCAUGCUGCUUCUGCAGUUCAUUGUCAAGUUAAUGGAGGAGAGUUGGAAGGACCUUUGGUAAAUGGUAUGUUUAAUGACCAAAUGAUUGGAAUGUUUGUAGCCAUGAUGAAACCAACUUUGGAAAUAUUCUUAAAAAGUCUUGAAAUCAAUGAAAUUGAUUCAAAAUAUAUCGAAAAGGCGCGAGCUAUGAUUGACGUUGUGAUGGACAAGUUCAUUGAGCUAAACAAACCCAAUCUUAAGGACUUCAAUGUUAUCUGUCAUGGCGAUUUGUGGUCGAAUAAUAUUAUGUUCUUGCACGAUGAAGUCAAUGGGAAACUCAAAGAAACACGAUUUGUUGAUUUCCAAUUGUCACGAUAUGCUUCGCCAGUUAUUGAUUUGUAUUACUUUUUGCUAACAUCUCCAAAACUUGAAAUCAAGGUUGCCAACUUUGAUGAAUUUAUUCAAUUUUAUCAUGAAAAUUUGAUAAAGAAUUUGAAGCUAUUAAAUUACUCAAAGAAGUUGCCAACUUUGAAGGACUUGCAUUUGGAUCUUUUGAAAAAGAAUUUUUGGGGUUUUUCAACAUUAACAAAUACUUGUGCUGGUAUUUUAUUGGAUCCAUCUGAUGCUUGUAAUGUAGAAGACUUUCUUAAAGAAGGUGAUGCUGCUGAUCAAAUUAAAAUGAAACUCUACACAAAUCCAAAAUAUGUUAAGCAAUUGAAAGUUAUUUUACCAUGGAUGGAUAGUCGUGGUUUAUUGGACUUGUAACUUGUCCGAUUUUUUCUAAACAUUUGUAUGCAUUUUAUUAUAAAUAUUAGUUUUUAGUUUAAAAGUUGUGAAAUUAUUGAAAAAGUGAAAUAAAAAGCAUUUUUUUUUCUUUUAA